AGUGUAUGGUAAUAUUCAAACUGGUUAAUAUAAUAUUAUAUUCUUUAGCGGCACACGAUCUGUGCGUUGUAUUUUGUGUGCGCCCUUUUCCUCUACGAGACCAGCCGCAGUGUUCCGACGAUGACGACCACACGUGCAUCGCAAUGAUUAUAAUAUUAUUAUAGUUUAGAACAAUAAUUAAAACUGGUUAAAAUUACUAUGUAGUGUUACAUUUUAUACCGAACAAAGUUUUCUACAGUUGGUUUGGACUGCGUCGACUGCUAUUAGCGAGCACUGUUCUAUAUUGUUUUAAUUACCUACUCGAUAAAACGUCGCUGGUCGAGUAGCAAUAUUGGAAUAAGAUCACGGACUGUGUUAUCAGCGAUUAACACAAUAUUAUAUUUCCGAAGGACCUGAAAACCAUCCAGAUGAUUGUUUAAUAAUUUAUACAAAUACAUAAUUUCUAACAUUUUUCAAUAUGGACAUUUUAAAGAAACCUAAAACUCUGUAAUAGGAUGUGUGGAAAGGCUGUAUUCACAAGACUUUGAACAUCAAAAUUCAAAAUACAUUGUGACUGCCAGUAUAAAAUAUUAUACUCAUAUGAAAGUAUCGAUAUGAAUAGAAAGACGUUCAGAGAAAAUGAAAGACUUAUCGGAGCAAACGAGGCAGAGGAGGCAAAAUCUUGUCGCAGACAACUGUUGGCGUGCUUUCUUGCCUCUUUGAUGUCGCUGUCGGCGGGCACAGUUAUCGCGGGAUGGUCUCCGACCGAAGGAAGUCUCCAAGACGACGAUAUGAAGAAGUGGUCCACCGAACAGGAAUCUUGGAUCAUAUCGAUUUACGUGUUCGGUGCUCUGAUCGGAGCACUGCCCGCCGGCUUUUUGGGCCAAAAAUAUGGCCGCAAGUCGCUUCUGCUCUGGCUGGCCGCCCCCAUGAUAGCCGGGUGGUUAAUAUGUGUGUUGCGGUUAGAGAGCUUGUUCCUGGAGUGCUUGGGACGGUUCGUGUGCGGGAUAUCGGUGGGCGCGACCACCGUGGCCGUGCCGCUGUACGCCCGCGAGGUGUCGUCGGACGUGUUGCGUGGCCGCACGGGGGUGUUUCUGGACUUUAUGCUAUGCGCCGGAAUAUUAUACGCUUACGUGGCCAGAGCGGUGUUGCAGGGAGUGCGACAGUUCUGUCUGGCGUGUGCCGUCGUGCCGGUGAUGUUUGUCGUGCUGUUCGCGUACUUGCCCGAGUCUCCUGUCUACCUGUACAACGUCGGCCGGUAUGAACAAGCGGCAUCGGCUCUGAGGUGGUUAAGGGGUAGGCGUUUCGAUGUCAAAAACGAGUUCGAUAAAAUAGAGACAUCCAAGUGCCACGACGAUGAGUUAUUUGAACGUGGGGGAAAUAUGAGUGCCGAAAACAAGAAAUUUUUAGCGAGGGUGACGAUCAUUUCUUUCGGCCUGGUGCUCGCUCAGCGAUUGUCCGGCGCCGGUGGUGUGAUCCAAUACUCGUCCACGUUGUUCAAAAUGUCCGGAUCCACUAUAGAUCCAAACACUGCGUGCAUCAUUGUCGGCACAUUCCAACUGGUCGCUUCCGGAGUGUCGUUCCUGUUCAUCGACAAGGUCGGACGGAGGACUCUGCUGUUGAUCUCGUCUGCGGUCAUUACCGCGUGUCUCGUCCUCUUGGUCGCUUACUUCAGCCUUAUAGAAAACGAGACGCUAGUGGACUCGCCGUGGAGGAUGACCCUGCUGCUCAUCCUGUGCGUAUUCAUAUCCGCCUUCCGACUUGGUCUCGGACCCAUUCCGUGGUUCAUAAGCACAGAGCUGUCACCGGCUUUGUACGGCGGCCGCAUACAAUCCUUGGCCGCGUCUUUUUCCUGGUCCCUGUCGUUCGUCAUCAUGAAAACGUUCAAGAUCUUCGUCGAGGCGAACCCCGUGUUGUUGUGGUGUUCGUUCGCCGCGUUCUCGGCUGCCGGGUUCCUGUUCGUGCUGUUCUACGUGCCCGAGACCAACAACAAGAGCCGCGAACAGAUCCACCAAGAACUGAUCGGUCCAACUCAGUCGACCUAACCUGCAAUAUUCACCACAUCCGUCGUUGGACAAUAAUAUAUCAUAUAAAUUUCCCAAACCAUAAUCCCACCACGACGACAGCAUAUGAUCUCCAUAACAGCACAGCAAUCUUCAUCAGUUCGACGAUGGAUCGGUGGAUCGGACUGACGAUAAACCCGGGCGGCCAAAAUAUUUUCAAGAUCUCUGGAGUAACUAUACAUAGUGGUGAAGAGGUUGGUGUCUCAACUAAGAAAUCAUUCCUCAGUGACCUGAACCAAAGGUCGGGUAUAUAUUACAUAUACCUACCUACUUAACGUAUCCCGAAGUUUAAACUGUACUUGAUCAGAGUACAACAAUAGUAGC